CAGCGGACGGAGCCAAGUGCUGCAUGCUCACCGACAAGCCUGAUCUCAUUCAUGUGCUCCAGCCAUCAUCACUACGGUACAUCUAAGAUGUUCUGCUGAGCCUUGCUAAAGGCACCCAUCCACUGGAGAGAUGAAUGAAAGCCUUAAUGAAAACGAUACCAGCUUCUCUCUUCCCUGGAUCCAGACUAGCGAUGUCAAUGCUUCUCUGGAGUUGUCUGCUUUCUUCUCUAUUUUUACCAUCAACCCUUGGGAUAUUAUGUUGUGCAUCUCUGGGACCAUCAUCGCCUGUGAGAAUGCUAUAGUGGUGGCUAUUAUCUUUUACACCCCAACGCUGAGAACCCCCAUGUUCGUGCUCAUCGGAAGCCUAGCUACUGCAGAUCUCCUGGCUGGCUUUGGUUUGAUCCUCAAUUUUGUGUUCCAGUAUGUGAUCCAGUCAGAGACUAUUAGCCUUAUCACCGUGGGGUUCCUGGUGGCCUCUUUCACUGCCUCUGUCAGCAGUUUGCUGGCCAUCACGGUUGACCGGUACCUGUCACUCUACAAUGCACUGACUUACUCUUCAGAGAAGACAAUCCUCUGGAUACAUCUCAUGCUUGUGGUCACCUGGGGGGUGUCAAUAUGUUUAGGACUCCUUCCAGUGCUGGGCUGGAACUGCCUAGAUGACAUCUCCUCUUGCAGCAUUGUCAGACCUCUGACCAAAAGUAAUGUGACUCUGUUAUCCACCUCCUUCUUUGUCAUAUUUAUUUUGAUGCUGCAUCUUUACAUCAAAAUCUGCAAAAUAGUUUGCAGGCAUGCUCACCAGAUAGCACUACAGCAACAUUUCUUGGCAGCAUCCCACUAUGUAGCCACUAAAAAGGGAGUCUCUACCCUGGCCAUUAUUCUUGGGACAUUUGGGGCCAGUUGGUUGCCUUUUGCUAUUUACUGUGUGGUAGGAGACCAAGACUAUCCCUCGGUGUAUACGUACGCCACACUUUUACCUGCCACUUACAACUCCAUGAUCAACCCUAUCAUCUACGCCUAUAGAAACCACGAAAUACAAAGAUCCAUGUGGGUCCUUUUCUGUGGCUGCUUUCAAUCCAAAGUGUCCUUUCGAUCUAGAUCGCCCAGUGAUGUUUAAGAAGAGACAUUUUUACUGAUAGCACUACACAAAUGACAAUCUAGUGAAUUAAUAGUGCCUGCUAUGGACUUCUAGGUUUAUGUUGUGUACUUGUUGAGAAGAGACUUUAAAACAUUAGCACUUUACAUGUGGGAAUGGUCCAACUGAGUCUUUUGGAACAAUGUGGAUGUCUCCUACACAACUCAUGUGAAGUGAAUACGUCCAAUGGUCGCUUCAAUAUCGCACUUUAUUUCAGCUGCUGUACUGCCAAAACAGUGUUGCGUUUUUAGGACUGAAUGAGAUGGAAAUACUUUGUGUGACUAUGUGUGUGUGUGUAUAUUCGUUAAUGUGAUAAAAUAUUUUGCCACGAAUGCUG